UGGGAUAAUCAAAAACAAAAAUACAGCGAAGCCAGAAAAAAACGUCUCCCACGUGAAGGCCGUCAAAUCUCUUUCCCCAGAAAUAACCAAGUUGAUGUUUUGACGGAUGCAGAGGCCAGAAAUCCGACAAAGUUUGAUCCAAACUCACUGUUAAUUUUGGACGAUGUCAGCACUUAAUUCGCCAAACUCUCUGCCACCAGAUGCUCUUUCUGUCCUCGUCUGCUCUCUUGUACGUAGUUUGCCAGCUUGUCAUCUUCUUCUUCCUCCUCCUCCUCCUCUGUGAUUUGAGCAGACUGGAGGAGGAGGAGGAGGAGGAGGAGGAAGGGUAAAAAGAAAAGAGAGAGAACAAAAUGGCGAAAGCUGCCAAGGAAGAAUGAUCCAAAUAGAGGACAGCCAACCUCUGUUCCACAAAUCGAGCUCAUCUUAUCUUUUUCCUUCAUUUCCUCCACCUACUCCUCACUAUCGUCCCAAAAGGCGGUGCUUUUCAACUUGUGCCGCCGAUAAAAAAUCACGCCGUGCCUUCUCUUGGUUCACAGAGGAAGAAUGAAAGCGAGUUCUGUAGAUUUACUUUGUGCCGUGUUGUUUCUUGGUCUUGGGUGCGCCGCAACGGCGGCCGCCGGAGACGGGGAUGUGCCGGCGUCGCCGUUGCCGAGGGCGAACGCGAGCCAGAGCGGCUGCCGGUUGGAUUUGUCGAACGAGCUCUUCGGCGGGGUGGGCGACGCCUGCGUCCGAGGGGGGCUCGACAGGAGCCGGUGCUGCCCGGUGCUGGCCGCCUGGCUCUUCGCCGCGCACGCGCGCUCAGCCUUGGAGCUCCCGGAGGAGGACGAGUCGGAGGGAGUCGACGGGCCGAUGAUGCCGGAGGACAACGAGAAGUGCGCGGUGUCUCUGCAGAGCGCGCUGGAGCGGCGAGACAUCCGGUUGCCGCGGCCCAACGCCACCUGCGACACCGUGCUCUGUUUCUGCGGUAUCCACCUCCACCACAUCGGGCCACUCCGGUGCCCCGCGGCGUUCAAUCUCAGCGGCGGCACUGUCGCGCCCACCGCAGCGGUCCGGCGGCUAGAGAGGGAUUGCCGGAACGCGUCCUACGCUGGCUGCUCCCGUUGCCUUCGUUCCCUCGACAAGGUGAAGAAGGGGAACGGCGGUGGGGGCGACGGCGGCGAUCGGGCGGCGAGGAUGUUUGCGUGGGACUGCGAGCUGAUGAGCCUGACGUGGCUGCUGGCGAGGAACAAGACGGCGUACAUCCCCACGGUGUCGGCUGUCCUCCGCGCCUUGCUCUACAGUGGCCUCCCGGCGGCCGGAGGCGGCGGCGGCGGAAGGUGCAGCCCGGACCUGGAGAACAUGCCGCUCGCCGUCGACUCCCUCCAAUUUCAGCACUUGGGUAGCGACGAGGUUAACUCCGCGGCGCUCCCUACUCGUAGGCCCGUUGACUCCCUCUUACGCGCUUCAUUUUCUCUGGCCGUUGUCUUCGCUGGAGUUCCCUUUCUCUAGGCCGGGGCCGGCGACUCACGCCGCCGGUGAAUUAAUACGUGAGGCUAUGGGGGUUGUUGUAUACUAGUCUUGAAUAUUUCUUUAUCUAAUUAUUAAUUUUUAUUUAAACAAAAUUCUGUUCUUAGAGAUGACUUAAUUUGAUAUGAUGCAAAUGAUUUACUUA